UCAAAAAAUGUGAAACAUCUCUUUAACUGUCAAGCAUUUUAUAGCCUUUCUGAUAAAAUCUUAUUUCAUAGAACUGAAUGUAAUGUUACUGUUCAUCUGUGGUUACAUUUUUUUUAAAAUGUUGGUUAAACAAGAUGAAUGGCUUCAGGUUUUUGGGUUACACCAUUUCUUAUCACAAGUGCCAUAAGAUCUUGUCAGAUACUGUAUGAUCUAAUGUGUAGAAACUUAAGUAUAAGAAGCACAGCUGAUAAAACAUGACUAAUUCUUGAAGAAGAAUAUAAAUUUGAACGGACGACUUUGAAAGUAAUUAUAAUAAAAUUAAUAUUUUUGUGUUGUUGGUACUAAAACUACAUUAAGGAAAAAGUAGAAAUUCCAUAAAAGGAAUUUAUGGAGUAGCUGAAAAUUUGCCACCACUACUGCCAGUUAUAUCUAAAUAUUAACACUACGAAUGAUUCAGCUAAUUUAAGAGGAGCUAUACACAGUUUAUAUCUCGUUUCACUUGUUAACGGAUCGCAAAUACAACUUCAGUCUAUUUAAAUAACGUGACUACAGGCCUUGCAGUGGAAAACAGUGAUGUGUUACUGUUCUUCCCAUCCUGCCGACAUUAAGUAAAUGCAGCAUGAUACUACUGGCAGCCAUGGUAACCGUUAGACGCUAAGCUAAGCUGAAACAUGGCGCGGUGCGUGUUAGCUGAAUAGCUAGGUGGCUAACGUAAAUAGCGUGUUAAUAGGCUCCUUUAUGCCAAAAAUACGCUGUCAAACGCGACUUCAUUUCGGAAGUUGGUACAUGGCUGUUACUUAACGAUACGUUAAACUGUGUUCGGUUCGUAUUUUGUCGUCUGUGAAUAUUCACUCAGUUAGCAUCUAUGCUAGGUUGUUGAUAACACACAACAUUGGUGGUUACUCGCGAUUGAAUGAACGCCAGUUACCGUUAUACUGUGACCCAUGGCUUUCUAUGAAGUCUAUUCUCACCCUGCUUUGAUUCGGUACAAGACGAGUGUUUGCACGAAAGCCACUCUGUUUCUGGUAGCUGUUCUGUGCCUCACCUACAUCCCUCCACUGCUGGUCGCUUACAGGAGCCAAGGUUUCUGGAUAAAAAGAAGCACCUAUGAGGAACAACCGGUUGUGAGGUUCCAGUAUCAAUCUCUGCUGGUGGCAGCCACCAGUACUCAGGGAGACUACGUCGCCUGGAGCACUUUCCCCCAUCUCAACAACAUGCUCGGGGCCAACCUUCGCAUCCCUGCUGUCUCUGUGAGAGAAGAGGACCAGAACCAGGACGGGAAAUUGGACCGGCUGAUUUUUCAACUGCAGCUUCCUUUAAAACCUGAGGAGCAGGUGUAUAACGUCCAGCUGCUGCUCACCUUUAGCUACCAGCUCUUUCGGAUGUCCACAGUGGUGAUGCAAAGCCUGGCUUAUGUGCAGCACUCUUCCUCUGUCCCCGGUGCUAAGCUGUUCAUCAGCGGAGACCUGAGGCUGCACCAGAGGACACCCCUGCCUCACCGUGGACUAUAUGACAUUUACAACGUAUCAGUGAUCGAUGGCUCCAGCCCCUUUGCUAGUGCGUAUGACCUUGACAGCAUAAUGAGGAGCUACCAGGAUAGAAACUUGACCACGGUACUGUCCUGUCCCAUGCCAGUCUGGACUGUGGGAAGAGCCGCUGGCUCCCCUUUCCAGCUGAAUGCAGAGAUCCGCUACCCUAUGGAGGUCAUUAGCUAUCGUCCUGGUUUCUGGGAAACCAUCAAAUUUGCCUGGAUCCAGUAUGUCAGUGUCCUCCUCAUCUUCCUCUGGGUCUUUGAACGCAUCCAGAGGUUUGUUUUCCAGAACCAGGUUCUAACCACCGUACCCAUACCAGUGGGAAAACCUCACAUGUCAUGAUGCAGCGGCAGUGGUUUGACCUCCAGGUUUUACAAGAACCAACAGGUUGAUUAUCAUUGUACAUGGCUCACCAGCACUGAUGCAGUUUGACAGAUAAUAAUACCAAAUCAAAGACUGUUUUGGAUUUUUUGGGAGGGCUCGCUAAUUGGUCAGCUUUGUGAUUACAAUUUAGAAAUUAGACAUCAAAUUCUUCUCUGUGUCCCUGCUAGAUAAUUGUUCCAAUUCGAACCCAUGCUGAUGUUAUAACAUACACCGAGUGAUAGAGGGUCAGAUAGUGUUAUGUCAAAUGUCAGAACUUUCAGCAGCUUUAAAACUGAAUGUUUAUAAACUUAAAGGGGACACAUCAUGCACAUUUCCAGGUCUAUAUUUUUAUUCUGGAGCUCUACUGGAAUAUAUUUGCAUC